AUGCCCAUGCUCAAUCUCAUUAUGACCAUCACCAUAGUAACCAACAGCAACAGCAGCAGCAGAACCAGCAGCAGCAGCAGCAGCAGCAGCAGCAGCAGCAGCAGCAGCAGCAGCAGCAGCAGCAGCAGCAGCAGCAGCAGCAGCAGCAGCAGCAGCAGCAGCAGCAGCAGCAGCAGCAGCAGCAGCAGCAGCAGCAAGCAGAACCAGCAGGACCAGCAGCAGCCACAUAAGGAAGAGUUAUCACCCAAAAUUCUCAAAACUGCUCCUGAAACUUCUUCAACUGCCUGGAACCUUCCUGUGAUGGAUGAACCUAUGGGACAAGUUUCAGCUCAACAACACCUCCUGUCAUCAUUUGCCAAUGUGCCUCGAGUGUACCCCCCUCCCUGGUUCCCCUUGCCUCGGGAUCUCCCAGACGUGCCUCCUGCUGACGUGGACAAGGUUCGGUGCGUGCUUCGGAACGUGGUUCGGGACUGGGCGGCGGAGGGGGCAGUGGAGCGUGAACAGUGCUAUGCUCCCAUCUUGAGGGAGCUUCGAGCAGGCUUAGGGAGGCUUGCUCUAGAAAUCUCUCGCCUGGGAUUUGAAACCCAAGGGAACGAUUUUUCUUACUACAUUCUCAUCUGCUCGGGCUUUCUCCUCAAUUACCCGGAAUUUCCUGGGCAGUUCUGCAUCUUCCCCUGGAUCCUCAGCAGCUCGAAUAACCUGACGGACGAGGAUCAGCUUCGGCCCGUGCUUGUCCCAGACCUGGUGCCGAGCCUAGCGGGGAUCACCGAUGGAUUCUCCAUGUGCGCGGGCGAUUUUGUGGAGGUUUACAGCCAUCCGGAGCAGAGAGGUAGGCUUGGGGACAUCCGAAGCAGAGAGGUAGGCUUGGGGGCAUCCGAAGCUGAAAGGUAG